ACGCCCCGCGCCCCCCAGUCCCCGCGCCCGCCCGCGCGCCCGCGCUCCGUCCCCCGCGCCCCGCGCCCCGCGCCCCGCGUCCGUCUCGGCGCGUCUCAGUGUCGGUCUGUCUCUGCGCAUCGCCCCGUCUCUGCUUGGGCUGCCCCCGAUCUCGGCCGGGUCUCUCCCUAUCUCUCCGCGUCUGGGUCUCGCUGGGUCACGAUCUCUCGGGGACUCUCGCUCGCGCCCCUCUCUAUCUCCACCCCCUUCUCCAUCCCCCGGGAGCCGGGGGGCCCGCUCCUCCUGCGACCACCACGCCCCGCGCCCCGCCCCGGUGCCCGCUCCCCAGGACGCCGCGGGGCCAUGGCUGCGGGACCCGAACUUUAAGCACUUCUCCCCGGACCGCUGCGGAUGCGCAGAGCCAGCAAAGGCCCGCGCUGCCAUGGACUGUAGCUGCGUCUCCGACCUGCUCUUCGCACCACCCGCCCUGCCGGCUCUCUGGACCCCCGGCUUCGCCUUCCCCGACUGGGCCUACAAGCCCGAGUCCUCGCCGGGCUCCAGGCAGAUCCAGUUGUGGCACUUUAUCCUGGAGCUGCUGCAGAAGGAGGAGUACCAGGGGGUCAUCGCCUGGCAGGGGGACUACGGGGAGUUCGUAAUCAAGGACCCGGAUGAGGUGGCUCGGCUCUGGGGCAUUCGCAAGUGCAAACCCCAUAUGAAUUAUGACAAGCUGAGCCGGGCCCUGCGCUACUACUACAACAAGCGGAUCCUGCACAAAACCAAGGGGAAGCGCUUCACCUACAAGUUCAACUUCAGCAAAGUCGUGUUGGUCAACUACCCCCUGCUGGACAUGGCAGCGGCCACCACCGGCUCCCCACUCUUGCUGACCCCUGGUCCCUUUGGGGGGGGACCUGGGCCGGACGCUCCUCCCCUCACUCCUGAGACCCUGCAGACCCUGUUCUCAGCUCCGCGCCUGGGCGAGCCUGGGGCCCGGGCACCCCUGUUCACUCCCGAGGCAGACAAGCUGCGCCUGGACAGUCCUUUCCCAUUCCUGGGCUCCGGUGCCACUGGCUAUUCCAAGCCCCCUGGCCUGCUGGGGCCCUAUGGCCGCACUUUUCCAGAAUACCCCUGGAACUUUAACCCCUACCUCGCCGGCCCUUUCCCCAAGCUGCCCCCCUCUCUCUACCCGUCCCAUUUCUACCCCAACCCUCUGGCUGGCUCCCUGGGCCACCUGCCCCUGGCGGGGGCAGGGGCAGGACCCACAGCCUCACCCCUCCUGACUGCCGCGGGCGAGGCGCUGGGCUUGGAGCGGCCCUCGGGCCUGGCAGGAGCCUCCCGCCUGGCCCUGCCGGGGGCAGGGGGCCCAGAGGCGGCGCUGGGCGGGAAGGAGGACAGCGACUCAGAGCUGGAGGUCACAGACGUGAGCGGCUGCAGCUCCGACAGCGAGGGCGAGGAGGGGCUUCCCGCGCCCCCCAAGGCCAAGGCGGGGAAAGGAGGGGUGGGCAGCUGAGCAGGCCUGAGGUGAGGGGUUCUGCGGAGGCCGGCCCCAGGGCAGCCGCCACUGCAGUCUCUGCCAGCCAGCCUGCCAUCCCGCCCCCCGCCCCCCUGAGGUGGGGGAGCUCCAGUCCUCUGCAUCAUCCUAGGGCUGGGUACUUGGCUACCCCAGUUUCCUCCCUCAAUCCUGAAACGGGGUAGGGAAUGCGAUGGCCUCCAGCCUCCUCCCCAGCCUCCAGUUUGAGGGAGGUCCCCACCCGGCCCCCUCCCGAAGUGCAAUACGCCGUCCCCCCGCCCCCGUGCUGUGACCUGUGUUUGUGCGGCUGUGUGUCCCCCUGUGCUGGCCCUGGUCCUGACACUCCCCCCCCCCACAGGCCCCCUGGGGACAGGGAGCUCAGAGCAAUAACCCCGCCCCCAGCCCCCACCCAGGAGGGCCCCCCCACUAAACUCCCCGUGACACCCCACCGCCACCUCCAGAGUUUACUACAAAAUAAAAGAAUGGAAGCGUGAGGAAUGGGGCAGUGACCUCGGGGCCGUGGUGGGG